AUGGCCAGUGAGGACGAGCAUUCGAACGGUUCGGGCAAUCGCGAAUUCGGGGAUCUUUUUGGAUCUGAAGAUGAAGCUUCAGAUAUUGACGAUGGUCGUUCACCAUCUGCACACGGAUCGGAACCGGAGGACGAGAGCAGAUCGUCUCUGCGUCGACGUGCUUCCAGUGUAGACAGCGAAACAAAGGAAGGAAGAAAAAGUGAUAUCGAUAAUCUCUUUGGCAGCGAUGACGAACAAGAGGAUGAAGAACCAGUACAUCGUCCUUCAAAGCGAGCAAGGAGUUAUUCGGAGGAGGAAUCUCCUCGGGAAAUGCGACAGGAGGAAGAAGAACAUUACGGUGAAGACGAUUACGAAAGGGAGAAAUUCGAAAAACGACGUGUGGAACUUCCGUUGGAUAUGCCUGCCCUGCCACUACCUACCAGCAUAGACGAUAAAUAUUAUCUUGCCAAGUUACCCAGCUAUCUCAAUGUCGAGAUCAAACCAUUCAAACCUGAAGAACUGGAGAUCGAGACCGAUCCCGAACUGACUGAUGCGCAACGACAGGAAUAUAUUCGACAACAGGUCGAAAGCACGAUGCGUUGGCGAAAGCGAAUCACUGAAGACGGAAAAGAGGCAAUGGAAUGGGAAGACGGUACACGCUCUUUGAUGAUUGGCGACGAGUGCUUCGAUAUCAAUGAGAAACCAAUGACCGAAAACGAGCAUGUCUUUUUGUUAGCGCAACAACCGCAAUCGGGAGUACUGGAGAGCCAUCUUGAAUUCACAGAUUACAUGACCCUGCGUCCCAGUGAUCUCAAGAGCGAAACGCAUCGACAUUUGACGGCACAGAUCGCUGACAAACAUGUGAAGAAGAUCAAAACCAAAAUGUUCUUUACGGAAAAGGAUCCUGAGAAACUCAAACAGGAACUCGAGAUGCAAGAGAACGAACGGUUGCGUGCUCAGCGAAAGUUGGAAGCGCAGCGAAAUAAGACACAGGGACGCUACGGCGGAGAUUUCCGAAGCAGUCGAUACGAUUAUGGAGAUUACGAUGCUGCACCCACAUACGCUUCCCGAAAACAGGAUCAAUAUGAGGAUGACUUUGUGGUCGACGAUGAUGAGUACGAUGAAGAAGAAGAGCGUUCCAGAGAAGAACGACUGGCCCAAGCGAAGCGUAAGGGCAUGGAUAAAUAUAAAAGCAGUAAUCGUUACAGUGACGAAGAGGAAGAGGAAGAAGAUUACGAGGAUGAAGAAGAAGAAGAAGAAGAACCCGAAGAAGACGAACAGGAAGAGGAAGAGGAUGAAGAACGGAUUACUGUGAGAAGACAUAAACGCAGGCAUUUGAUGAGCGAUGAAGACGAAGAUUGA